AUGACGAGAGAGCUCGAGGACAUGUACAUGCUCAUGACUGACCUCCGGAUCUGGCUCGAGCUAGAGAUCCCAGCGUGCGAUGAUGGGGAUGGCUUCGUCCAGGAGGAAGUGAUCGAUGAGCUCGAUGCAGCACUCGAGGAGAUACUCGAGCUGCUGAAGUGUACAAAAGACCACCAUGAAGAUCGGAUUAGCUUGAUGUGGGACUGGGUACAAUAUCCAAACGUCCUCGACUACCCCUUCGCCAUCGCCCUCUCGGACCGAUUCGACCAUGUCAUCUCCCGGUCGGCCCUCCAGAGCAUGCUCCGGUUAUCGGGCGGGAUGAUGAUGCGUCUAGAGCGGAAUUGGGGGAAGGUCAUCGAUCCGCAGGGGGUCAGCACAGGACUUGCGGGCGGGGUCUACUAG